GCUUUUCAUAUGCUGCAGUUUCAGUCUUUUCUAUUUGCACAAAGUAGAAGAAUUUCUCAGAAGCAGAUUAUCAGUGUUGGAUGUGAAGAUGGGACACACUUUGCUCUGUCUACAGGGUUUUUUCUUUCUGAAUUUACUUUACCGUGGACAAGCUCAAGACAGACCUAAGGCUGUCCUCACUGUGUCUCCAUCAUGGCCGAGUCCUGGAGCCUCAGUAACUCUGAACUGCAGGCUUGAUCAUCCGUCUGCUGGCUGGAGCUUCUACUGGUAUAAGGCUGUUCCCAAACUGUCAUACUCCUACAACUCCUACCACUCCUACAGCUAUGAGCUGCUACCUGGCAGCGAGAAUGGGACUGAACAGCAUCUCUUCAUCAUUGAUGGACAAACACACACAGCAGGAUAUGUGUGCAUAGCAGGAAGAGAGGAUCCAGUGUUUUACAGUUGGCACAGUAAACCUAAGUUUGUCUGGUCUGGAGAUUUGAAUUCAGCAGCGUCUCUCACAGUGAGUCCUGACAGUGUGCAGCACUUCCCCAACACGUCUGUGUCACUGAGCUGUGAGGGAAACUCCACUGAGUGGAGAGUGAGGAGGUUUAUGAAACCUGACAACCUUUAUCGAUGUUCUUCCUGGGGGACAAUGACUGGAUCCACAUGCACAAUAACCAGCAGCUGGGCUAGUGGAGUAUUCUGGUGUGAGUCUGAAACCGGACAGUUCAGUAAUGCAGUCAACAUCACUAAAGAUGAUUAUGAAAUGAUCCUGGUGAGUCCUGUCCGUCCUGUGGCUGAGGGACGUUCUGUCACUCUUAGCUGCAAGUUCAAGACAAGAACUGUUCUUUAUAAUGUGGAUUUCUAUAAAGAUGACAAACUCAUCCAGAACGAUACCAGGAAGCAGCUGACCAUCUCUGCAGUGUCAAAGUCAGACGAAGGCUUUUAUAAAUGUAAACAGAGAGAUUCAGCAGAUGGUAGGACGUCACCAGAGAGUUGGCUCUCAGUCAAAUCAGCGUCCGGGCCUGGAAAAGCUUCUCAAUUUCCCAUUCUUCUGAUCGUUGGGCUGCUUGGUGGAGUUGUACUGAUUAUUCUCCUGCUGCUGUUCCUGUAUUUAUACAGAAAGUCAAAAGAUUCAUGCUAUAUCAGAUCUCAGAGGACCAAUCAGAGCACUGCUAGAGACCACAUGAUCAACCAGGACAAAACUAACCAAAGGGAAUAUGCUUCCGUUCUUCAGGAUAAUGCCUGUCUCUAUGAAACAAUCAACAAAGAACCUGCAAAUGAUGAAUCCAGGGAUGCGACAUAUUCUGUGCUCGAGCUCAAAAACAUUUCUAAGAAGGGGGGGGGAAAUGAACCGGAGGAUUGUGUUUACUCACAUGUGCAGAUGGCAUCAGCUGCAGAUUUGAAUUCAGCAGCGUCUCCCAUAGUGAGUCCUGACAGUGGGCAGCACGUCACCAAAACGUCUGUGUCACUGAGCUGUGAGGGAAACUCCACUGAUAAUCCAUCAUAACAUUUAUGUCAAAAACUGAGUUUUCAUAGAGUGUAUGAGAGCUACAACCCAGCUUCCGGUUUUGGGCAUGCUGGCUACGCAUCACUCAUUCACCAAUGGGUAAUGUUUAGAUGGAUUUUAGGAACUUCCCCUCGAUUAUAUUGGCUCUAACGGUUAAAAAGAGGUGUCAAUCGUCAAAAUCGAACUAGGAGGUCCAUAGAUAUGGAAAAUGCACCCAAAUGACCCCAGAAGUGGUUUUCUUUUUCUAAAUCUCUCUAAAA